AUUGGUUGUAAUCUUACACCAUGCGUCAAGCAGCCGACUGAAACUUCUGGCUGCGUCUUUAGCAAUAUUCCAGUGACAAAAUGGAAAAAAUGGAGAACGAUGUAUUGGAUUCACUUGAAGAUUUAGGUUACACAGGACCAGUAUCCAGUAGUGAGGUCUUGUCUAAAGCAGUUCAAGAAGGCUCCAAAUCGGUGCCAUAUACACAAGUAGUGGAAUGGCUUGUGCAGCAAAUUUCUGAUUUUACAGGAACAGAAGAACGGGUUCAUGCAAUUGCUAAUGAAGAUGAUGCAUCUAACUUUCUUUUAGAACUCAGUGGAUUUCUUAGAGAAUACGGCUGUCCUUACAAAGAUUUGAUUGAAGGUCCAGUCAAUGAUAGACUAAAAACAACCACUCAUUGUCUCCAGCUGCUAGAUUAUUUAACAUGUGAACUGCAAGCAGUAAGAAUGAUUGCAAAGAAAAGACCAGGUAUGCUUUUGAGCGUGAAGGACACCUCAGGCGCGCAGACUGAGAGUGAAGUUGCUGGCUAUAUGAAGAAGAUGCUGAUAGCACUAGGAUUUCCCAAACCACCUCCCAACAUUACAGCAUUUCAGCUGUUCAGCAAACUGGAGGCAAAGAUAAAGGAAUUAAUGGCAACCUACUCAGAUCAGAUUGGCAAACCGCUGUUAAAGGCUCGAUUGUCAGACAAACAAUGGCAAUUUGUGAUGGAAGCCAAUGCAACUUUGGCAGAAGAAUAUCGCAUACGACGUGAAAUGUUGCUGAAACGUCUUGAUGUUACAAUACAGUCUUUUAUGUGGUCAGAUAAAGCAAAGUCCAGUGCAGACAAAAUUGCUCAAGUGUACCAACCAAUCCGUGCUCAGCUUCAGGUGAAAACAACUGUUGGUAUCCCAGAAAUCUUAGCUGCUAGAGACAAUUUGACUCAGAUACAGAAGACUAGCAGUGGUGAUGCCAGAAAAGAGUGUGCCAUUAACAAAGUUCUCAUUGGCCGGGUGCCAGAUCGCGGAGGGCGAGCAUGGGAGUUAGAACCCCCUCCCCCUGAAAUGCCUGCGUUCGUCAAGCGUGAUAGUGCACCACAAGGGCAGCGGCCACAUAGUGGGAGAGGCGGUGGAGGUGAUGGUGGCCGUGGAGGCCGAGUGCAAGGAGGCUGGGGAGGGGCCAACACCCAGAGCUAUGGAGGGCAGUGGGAUCAGGGUGGGGGUGGUUAUCAGGGUGGUGGCAAAGGAGGUGGAGGUGGAUACCAUGGAGGAGGAGGUUAUCAGGGUGGAGGGGGAGGUUAUCAGGGUGGAGGAGGAGGAGGAGGUUAUCAUCAGGGUGGAGGUGGUUACCAUGGAGGGGGAGGCUAUCAGGGUGGAGGGGGAGGUUAUCAGGGUGGAGGUUAUCAGGAGGGAGGAGGUGGUUACCAAGGUGGAGGAGGUUAUCAGGGUGGAGGAGGAGGCUAUCAGGGGAAAGGAGGGGGUGGUUACCAUGGAGGUGGAGGCAGAGGAGGUAGAGGCCGUGAUGAUCGGGGAAGAGGAGGGAGAAGAGGUCGGCACUGAAAUGAAAAUUGACUCUUGGUCAUAAUUUAUAAUAAUGCAACACAUUGUUCUAAACUGAGGUUUCCUGCCUUUGCGAAGCUAUUUAGGAAUAAGUAUUUGGUUGAGCAAGAGUAGGUUACUGUUCAUUCAGUUAUUGUGAUUAGAGAUGUGUUUUAACUUACAGAGCUUUAACUACAUCAUUAUUGCUGUAUUUUAAAGGGCAUUAGAUUUUAGAAAAAAAUUGACAUUCUUUUCUUUUGCUCUUGCGAAAAAUCACGUGUAACACUCAAAAAGAAAAAGGAAAGACCAUCGCUGAGAAGUUCCUCUGAUGCAGUUUGAUAUAAUCAUGAUUGUGCACUUCACAAUUUGCUCUGCUAGUGUUGCUUGAAACCUCGAUCGAAACAAGCUUUUAUUGUUUACUUUUUAAGUGUUAUGGUUACAGCAAAUGCCAUUGAAAUAAAAUAUAUUUUGACGUCUAGUUCUCUUCCGCACAAUGCUUGGUGUCCAGAACAAGUAUGAGGUACAAAGUAAGCGAUAAACAUUCAGAUGUAUAUGAUGCUUGACAGUACUGUCUCAUGGUGCUUAGAAAGGGGAGUUAAAAGUCUUCCGUAAAAGAUGUCAUUCUUCAUCCCUGUUGGAAAAUGCAUAUUAUCUUACGUGUUUUUACUAAACACCAUGUUUUGUUACAUCCACUCCCCAGCCUUUAUAUUAAAGUGAUAGGUGAUGUUUCCCAAGUCUUGCUUAAUCCAGUUUAAACAUUUCAGUAUUUCUACACACAGUAGUCGGUGAUAUCUACAGAAGCGAUCUCUAGAUUCACUCUAUACACUUGCUUUUAUAAAGACUUCAUGACAAAUAUUUAAAUGUUUAUACUAAGCAGUAUUGCUUUGAUUUAUUAACUGAUAUCACAGUAAAUGAAGGUAUACAGGAAAGAUUGAAAAUAUGCCAUACUUUUUUCCUCUUCUUGGAGUAUUUGUGAGCAGUUUAAAAACACUAGUUAUGCUUAGCAGAAGAAAUUAUACACUUUUUGUUGUAGUUUGUGUUUGGACUUUUAAAGCAUAAAAUCCAGUUUGGGGUUCUUGUAUUUUAAACUGCGUCUUUUGUUCUCUGAAUGUCGUAUCUAAAACCUCAAUUUGGAACUUUGGUCCUUUUUUCAAAAGACUAGCUUUCUAUCAAGUGUGAUGUGAUUUUGACCUUCAUUGCAUUCAGUCCUAUGCACAUGGAUUUGUUUUUAUAACUUGAUGCAUGGCAGUGGGGUUACUAUGUAAACAGCUCUGUUGCUGCAGGAGGUUAAGCCUCUUGUUGGCUAUCAGGGUACCUAUGCUCAUUGUAUUCUCAGCGUGGUUGUUUCUGCAAAGUGUAAAUUGUGCUUGAGAUCAUGAGGUGGCAUUAUGCAUGCGUCUGAGAAACACUAUCUUACCAGUGAUAAUAUCCCCAGUAUUUUGUUAGCAGAAUGGACAACGUGUGUAAAAGAAUGGAAAUGCUUAAGUCUGUCAGUGUCAAUGUACAAUUAUGACAAUAUAAAGACUAAUUGUGGACAUCGAAAGCUUUAAUGUUACAUGGAGGAAAACGAGAUGUAUACGUGGCUUACUAUAAGAUCACACAGUAAUGGUUUGUGAGUUCCUGUAAGCAGUUUCAUGAGCUAAGACAAUGAAAUGUUUUUGUUUAAUUAUUUUUUGUUGUUGUAUGCGGUCAGUUGUCUUGAGCUUAUUGCACCUUCAUACUAAAGGCACUUGAAGGAUGCAGCACUAGGAAUCUUAGAUUUUGUUUUAAAGUUUAUGUGGUUCUAUAAAAGUGAAAGAAUCAAAAGCUUUUCAAAUGUGACAUUGGGAAAGGUAUGUUCUAAUGGCCAUUAUCCUUAACAGUAAACUCAGGCAAAUUAAACAGCUUUAAAAAAAAAAAAAAAAAAAAAGAAAUGGCUAGUACAUAUUUAGUUGGCGUACGCGAACUGUCAGGAAACCAGAACAAGGGUUUAUGCCUGUGUUUUUGUGCCUGGGCUGUUUUUCUGACAUACAAUCUAACGGUAAUGAACUUCUAGAGUACUUGUGCUGAAUGCUGUACGCACUUUUGACACGGAAGCUGCGCAAAUGAAUGUUGGCAAUAAAACCAC